AUGGCAGAAGAAUCACAACAAAAUGACAGUUUGUUUAAAGACGACAGUCUGUUUGCCUAUGACGAUAUUCCAGCAGACACCAAAGAGGUACCGAGGCCAAAAAGAAGCAGAAAAUUGAAAAAACGUGAUCCAUCGAAAAGGAGAAAGUUUGACGUGUCAGCAUACUUAGAUACAGAAGCGCAAGUCGGAGAUGACGAGGAUGAUAAUUAUGAGUACGAUCACAUAUUGCCGGAUGAAUCGGAAGAGGCGGAGCGGUUGGCACACAGAAAUCACCUGAAGCGGCUGCAAGAGGACUCGAGAGAAGGAAGAAGAGUAGGAGGAACAGGAUACUUCGAAAACGUGAUAGAUAAGCUGGACAAGAGGUACCAGGACCAGACGUUCGAAGAGGGAGAAGACGUGUUUUCGGAAGUGGAGGAGGAAGGACUGGAGCAGACAGGAGCACUGCUGCCGGACUACAACGACCCGAAGCUGUGGAUAGUUAAGACGAACAGACAGACGCCGGACAGAAACAUAGCAAUCUCACUGACGAACAAGUUCAUCAAAAUGCAGAAGGAAGGAAAACACAUGGGAAUAUACUCGUGCUUCGUGCCGGAGGGAGUGACAGGGUACCUGUACAUAGAGGCGGACAACAAGCAGGCAGUGACGGAAGCACUGGCGGAGUUCAGAAACAUUAACCUGACGACACUGAAGCUGGUGCCGAUGAAUGAAAUGGCAAACGUGUUCACAUCAGGAAACGAAAACCUGUACUUCCCAAACGUAGGAGAGUACGUGAGAGUAAAGUUCGGACGCUACGCAGGAGACCUGGGACAGGUGUACGAAAGCGACGAAACGAAUAACACAGUGACGCUGAAGCUGAUACCGAGAAUAGACCCGGAGCUGCUGGGAGCAGGGAAGAUGGAGGAGGGAGGCUACGAGGACCAGAACGAGUCGGCGCUGUUGAACCAAACAGUGGGCCACCUGAAGGAGACGAAGCUGAGAGUAAACGCGAGGCAAAAAAGUAGCCAGAAGUUCCCGAAGUCGUUCUUCGACAGAGAAGCAAUAGAGCUCUCAGGAGGCCUGAUAGAACACGGACUUAUCCCAGGAACGUUCAGGUACCAGGGAAUGAGCUUCCUGGACUCGGGUCACAUACUGGUUAAGUUCAGCGCAAAGAGACUGGCGUGCGGAGAAAACGUAAACGCGACGCUGGCAGAGUUGAAGGAGUUCAACGUGGACACGACGAUCACAGAGGCGCUGGAAAAAAUAAGUAAGGCGCCGAACAAAGUGCACCUGUACAAGCUGGGAGAAAACAUCAGAGUGGUCAAGGGAGAGCUGACGAGCGUAGUGGGAAAGAUAGUGGCAAUAGACAAGGAGGAAGUGGAAGUGCAGCCGGAAGACAAGGAACUGCCGAACUUUAGAAUCAACCUCAACUCAGUGGUGAAGAACCUGGUGGAGGGAGACAACGUGAGAGCAAUAGGAGGAUCGAACGAAGGACAGAGUGGCCUGGUGGUGCUGGUGAACGACAAGAACAGGACGGCGCUGGUAUUCUCGCCGCAGACGGGACAGGAGUUCAAGUGCUCGCUGGAGCACCUGUCGAUGAUCCCGAAGGAAGGUCAGGGAGACUCGAGUCACAGAGUGGGCGGAGUGAACGGCUUCGUAGUGUCAGACCUGAUACAGACGACGACGGGACACGUAGGAAUCAUCACGGCAGUGGACAGGAACUCGAUGCUGACGCUGCUGACGGACACGGGAGAGAAGGUGGCAGUGCCAGCGUCGCAAAUACAGUGCAAAAGAACGUCAUUCGGAAACACGACGAAGGACUUUAAUAACCAGGCAAUAGAGCCGAGAAGCAGAGCGAUGGUGGUGAAAGGACCGUACAAGCACAAGGGAGGCCAGGUGCUGCACGUGUGGAGAAACAGCGUAUUCCUGACGCUGGAAAACGGAGAAAUCAUAUGCGCAGCAUCGCAGGACUGCCUGAAAAGCUCAGGAACAAUAGAGACGACGAAGACUAACAACGCGCCUCAGGGAGCACGAAUCGUGAGGAAGAACCCGCUGCUGGGAAAGACAGUUAAGAUCCUGCAGGGCAGAUACAAGGGGCUGCUGGGCGACAUCAUCCACGUGGAGCCCACUCAGUUCACAAUCCUGCUGAAGGUUAAGCCGAAGACGGUGCGCUACCCGAAGUCGGAUUGCGUGAUCAUGGAUAACUGGCACGACGUGAUGCGAGGCCACUACAGCGCGAGGGAAAACUACGUCGCCUACAACAGGAGCCUUGACCCGCCGUACCCGCAAGACGCUAGACAUCACGACCACAAAGAUAGCAGAGACUACAGAGACGGUGAUGGCUACAGAGACCAUAGGGACGGCAGAGACUACCGCGAUGACAGGGAUUUUAGGGACGGUAGUAGUUACAGAGACCACAGGGAUGGUAGGGACUACAGAGACGGCAGAGAAGGACGCGACGGUGAUAGUUACAGAGACUAUAGAGACUACAGGGAUGACAGAGACUACCGCGAUGGAAAGGAGGACCCGUCACAAAGAGAAAGCUCAAGAAGAGAAGGCGCCCACGACGUAAGGAGGAGGUUGAGCGAGGAGGGAAGAGGAGAGGAAGCACGGGGAGACACGUCCAGAGGUAUCGACGAUAAAGAGGGCACGCCGACAGCGCCGGCGCCUGAGUCAGAAAAGGCAGGAGCAAAGCUGCCAAACUGGUGCGUGUGCGGAGUGGUGGUGCACGUAACAGGACCGGGAGCGUACUACGGAAAGAGAGGAGUGAUCGGAGAAGUAUUCGAAAACAUGGCGGACACGACGCUGCAGGUGCUCCACGUGAUGGUCGACGAGGACUACAUAGCAAUAGCGGCGGAGUCGGUGGAGCCAGUGCAGCCCAUGUCAGAAGGAGACAGGGUGCUGGCACACGCACUCGGAAAGGACAAGUUCGGCCUCGUGACCAAGGUCCUCGAGGACGCACUCGAGGUGCAGCUGGUGGAGGGAGCCAGGGUGACGGUGAGGAAGGAGGGGGCUGCGCUGGUGUCCUCACAGUAA